GUCAUAAAGAGUAUGACAUUGUUGCCUCCCAUAGCAUUGAAUGCAAGGAAAGCCAGCGAGCAAUUGGCCUCAAUGGGCGUUGAGCUAAACUGAGUGAGCUGAACUAUGAAUGGUCCUGGAGCACCAAAAAAAGCCUGUUUGGAUAUGGCUUCACUCCUAUUACAUCAAGAGAAAUACGUCAUUGACAGAAACAACUUGAAUUGUUGCAUUUCAUUGUGUUGUUGCCCGACGGUGGCUAGCUAGCUAAAAUUUCCCUUUCCUAAAUUAGCCAUGUAAGAAGAUAGGGAUUUGGAUUUGUGGUUUACUUUAUUCUCUGUACUGGCCAAUGAUUAUAACGGCGAUUCUGAUCCAACCAUAAAUGUAUAUAUUGGACUAAGAGGAUGUAAGUUCAAUAUGUAGCUAGAUGUAGAAGAAUAAUGUUAACUAGCUAACGUUGCCUAUAAAAGGAAGUUAGGCUAGCAAGCAAUAAUUUUAGCCAGAUUAAAAUAAAAGCUUUUACUGUAUGACAGCCAUAGACUGUUUCGUCAACAUGAAAGAAAGGAGGAUGGCAUUGGCGUCUCUCCACAAGUAGGGAGUAUAUUCCAGUCUUUCUUGGUGUCUGUGAAAGCUCUGGGUCUGGACACCACCCUCUGCAACUGGAUCCUGGACUUCCUGACAUGGACCAACAACACCACCACUCUUGUCAAGAGGGUGCAACAGCGUCUCUACUUUCUAAGGCGGCUGAAGAAAUUCAACAUGUCACCCCGGUCCUCUCCAAAAACAACUACUGCACCAUCGAGAACGUCCUGACCAGUUGCAUCAUGGCCUGUGUAGAACCAGAACAACCAUGGCCAGUCGUAAGCGGAUUCUGAGCUCCCUGGGGAAAGGUCCUGCCAGACGGAACCUGUUUGGCCCAGUGGACCAUGAGCAGUUGCAGCAGGAGUACCAGAAUGCCUUGCGCAGAGACCUGGAGGACGCCUGCCACCGCUGGGGCUUUGAUUUCCUGUCAGAGAAGCCUCUGGCUGGGGGAGACUUCCAGUGGGAGGGGGUUCUAGGCACCAAGCUGCCUCUCCUCUACCAACCCUGCCUUUUGGGUCAGGGAGAGGCACAGAGGGAGGGAGGCCUGACGGCCAUCACAGGGGGGGUCAGGGCAGGGCCAUUGCACCGUGGCAAGGAGAAUAUCCCUUGCACACCUGAGAAGUGCGGAGCCAACCACCAGAACCUGGAGAAAACACCAGACAAGAAGGAGAACACGAACCACAAUGAAAACAGACUGAAGACGAAACAGACCGAAGACUAAACAGACCAACCUCACAGAUUUCUACCAAGCCAAGAAGAGAGUGGUGGGUACGCAGUGUAAGUCAGGCCAGUGAUUUCAGGGCACACAGUCACAGCAGCCAGAGAGCCAACAGUCGGGACAGAACCACAGCAAACACUACUUCUCGCAGGAACCCACACACUGCACAGACACUGGACACAUAGAGUGCAUACUUACCUGGAGGAAUACAUAACCAAUACUCUAAACAAAUGCAGGGGGAAAUUAAACAACAUCUUUUAUUGCAUCCAUUACCAAUGUAUACUGUAAAAAAAAAAAGUAUAUCCAUGUAGGUUAACCGAUGUACUAAUUAUUUCAAUGUAAGGGGGCUUGUGUUCUUCCUGUGGUAAUGAAGGAACAUUCAAACGGUUCAAAUGAUGCAUCCAUGUUCAUUUGUGAGUCAUGUAAGGACAUCCUCUAAAACCCUAUGACCUUUUGGUGUAAAGGGGACUUUUGCUAUAAGAGCUCACUGUCUGGACAGGUAAGUUCCUGUCUGACAUUCCACAGCACUAAAAUGGACCAAUCAAAGCCCUGCCUCUGGGUCUACCCUUAAACCCUCUUGUAUUGAUGACAUCUUAAAAUGAUGAAACCAUACUGUUUAUGGUAGAGGUUGAAUCUACUACAAUAUACUGUCUCAUUGAAAAAUGACCACAACAACAUAAUAGUAUUUUACAAAGUCUUUCUGGUUCAUAUGUCCAAAUGUAUUGAUUGAUGUGAUUUUAUUUAAUGUUUUUUCCUUAAUGCUGUAUUUCUUGUGAAGAGUGCCAGAAUCAUGUUAUCUUUUGCAAGCACUUCCUGCCUAAAGUAUGUAUGUUUGUACAUAUUGUGUACAUUUGUGAAAUCUCAACAUGUACUCAUAGGAAACUAGUGGAAGAGUACUGUAAUGAAUAAGACUGUUAUGCUUAUAAUGCAAAUUCCUAUAUAGGAAAUGUCACCAAUGUCCCUCACCUUCUAACUAGGGCAUUUUGCUAUAAUACUCCUGGGAAUUUGUUGAUGGGUACCUCCCCAAUGCUCUUUCAUGAUUUUCUGAACACAAGGCCAGACAUGAAAGUUAACCUUAGAAUAGUAUCAGAAAUGUACGUUUUCUUUCAGUAUUGCUCAAUAUUUUUAAUGUAGCCACAGCAGGUGCAUCAAGGGACUCAAAUUAGUCAAGUGCAUGUAUGGUAUUUUAAUCUAAUUAGGGAAAUUGUGUCCUCAAAAACACACAGCUAUUUUAGAGUAAGCUACAGCCAAGUGGAAGUGCAGUAAAAUACACAUGAAGUGUUUUCAUCUGCCUCAAACUAAGGUCCAUCACGGACCACGGUUAUUUUUCGUUAUAAUGGCUGAUCCUUCUGCUAUUGGUAAUUUGAAUGGGGGUUAGACAACAUCUCUGUCAUGAAAAUUCUUCCAAACUAAACUAAUAGCUUCACAGACCCUGAUAUUCUGCUAAUAACAUGCAUUACACCAAAAAAUGCACUUGUGUUUAUAGAUGUUGGUGCACAAGUCCUACAUAGCGUUUAUGUUCAAAUCUACAACAAAAAUAUUAUUUAUUAUGAAAUAAGGUAGAUAUGUGUUAUUGGUUAUUAGGAAAAAAUUGAAAUAAAUACAGUAUGUAUAUAUUA